AUGGGUCACAAAAGUGUUGAUUAUGGGCCGGUGUUUGUACAAGAGCCAGAUGAUUUGAUUUUUCCAACUGAUUCUGAGGAAAAGAAGGUGUCACUGAAUUGUCAAGCUCGUGGAAACCCUACUCCCACAUACAGGUGGCUUCGAAAUGGAACUGAAAUCGACAUUGAAAGUGAUUAUCGUUUCAGUUUAAUAGAAGGAAGUUUGAUCAUCAACAACCCCAGUGAAAUGAAAGAUUCUGGCCAGUAUCAGUGUUUAACAACCAACAUGUUUGGCAGUAUUUUAAGCAGAGAGGCUGUUCUUCAGUUUGCAUAUCUGGGGAAUUUUAGCGGUCGGACAAGAAGUGCUGUGUCUGUACGUGAAGGUCAAGGAGUUGUUCUGAUGUGCUCCCCUCCACUUCAUUCUCCAGAGAUCAUCUACAGCUGGGUAUUUAAUGAAUUCCCAUCUUUUGUGGCAGAAGACAGCAGACGCUUCAUCUCUCAGGAGACCGGCAAUCUCUACAUUUCCAAGGUGCAAAGUUCCGAUGUUGGCAGCUAUAUCUGCUUAGUGAAAAACACAGUGACAAACGCCAGAGUUUUAAGUCCUCCUACACCUCUGACACUGAGAAACGAUGGUGUGAUGGGGGAAUAUGAACCAAAAAUUGAAGUCCAUUUUCCUUACACAGUUACAGCUGCAAAGGGAACUACUGUUARGAUGGAGUGUUUUGCACUUGGAAACCCUGUUCCAACAAUCUCUUGGAGGAAAGUUAAUGGUCAUAAUCCAAGUAAAGCUCGCCUGAGAAAAUCCCAAGCUGUGCUUGAAAUACCUAAUGUGCAGCUAGAGGACUCAGGAAUGUAUGAAUGUAAGGCUGAAAAYUCUCGUGGAAGAAAUGUCUUCAGAGGACAGCUACAAGUAUACACCUACCCACACUGGGUGGACAAACUCAACGAUACACAAUUGGACAGUGGAGAUCAGCUCCGAUGGGAAUGCAAAGCCACUGGGAAGCCAAGGCCCACAUAUCGCUGGCUGAAAAAUGGAGUUUCUCUCUGGCCACAGAGCAGGAUWGAGAUGAUUAAUGGUGUUCUGAUGAUCCACAGUGUGAAUGUCUCAGAUGCUGGAAUGUAUCAGUGCUUAGCAGAAAAUAAGUAUGGUACCAUUUAUGCCAGUGCCGAGCUGAAGAUUUUAGCUUCAGCUCCAACUUUUCCACUAAAUCAAAUGAAGAAAACAAUAAUUGUUACCAAGGGCCAAGAAGUUGUCAUUGAAUGCAAGCCACAAGCCUCUCCAAAGCCAACUAUCACCUGGAAGAAAGGAGACAAAGUUUUAAGGGAGAAUAAGAGGAUAACUAUUCUUCCAGAGGGGAGCCUGCGAAUCUUGAAUGCUUCCAAGUCUGAUGAAGGACGGUAUUUAUGCCAAGGUGUCAAUGUAUUUGGAUCUGCAGAAAUCAUUGCAUCAGUAUCUGUCAAAGAGCCUACAAGGAUAGAGCUGACUCCCAAGAAGAUUGAGUUGACAGUUGGAGAGAGCAUCGUCCUCAGCUGCAGAGCCCUUCAUGACAACACACUGGAUGUGUCCUUCUACUGGACCCUCAAUGGGCAGCCAAUCGACUUUGAGAAGGAAGGUGGACACUUCGAAAGCAUCAAGGCACAAGCGUCCUCUGCAGAUUUAAUGAUCAGGAACAUCCUCCUGAUGCACGCUGGGAGAUAUGGCUGCAGAGUCCAGACCGCAGCRGACACCGUGUCAGACGAGACAGAGCUGCUUGUUAGGGGUCCUCCUGGUCCCCCAGGGGUUGUAAUAGUGGAGGAAAUUACAGACACAACAGCAACACUCUCCUGGAGUCCUGGGGCAGACAAUCACAGCCCUAUCUCCCUCUACAACCUGCAAGCACGCAGUCCAUUUUCUCUUGGCUGGCAGACCGUAAAAACAGUUCCAGACCUGAUAAGCGGUGACAUGGAGUCUGCUAUGGCUGUGGAGUUGAAUCCUUGGGUGGAGUACGAGUUCAGAGUAGUAGCAACCAAUAAAAUUGGGACUGGUGACCCAAGUGCACCAUCACGAGUGAUCAGAACCAAUGAAGCAGUUCCAAAGACUCCUCCAGCUAAUGUAAGUGGCAGAAGUGGAAGGAGACAUGAAUUAGUGAUAGCAUGGGAGCCAGUGUCAGAAGAGUUUCAGAGUGGAGAAGGAUUUGGAUAUAUUGUAGCCUUCAGACCAAAUGGAACACGUGGGUGGAAGGAAAAAAUGGUGACAUCUUCAGAUGCUUCAAAAUUCAUCUACAGAGAUGAAAGUGUGCCACCUCUGACUCCUUUUGAAGUGAAAGUUGGUGUUUACAACAAUAAAGGAGAUGGUCCCUUCAGCCCUAUUGUGGUCAUCUGCUCAGCUGAAGGAGAACCCACUGCUGCUCCCGUCGAUGUCAAAGCGACGAGUUUGUCUGUAUCAGAGAUUCUUGUUGCGUGGAAACAUAUUAAAGAAAGUCUAGGAAGACCACAGGGAUUCGAGGUUGGUUACUGGAAGGACAUGCAGCAGGAAGAAGCAGCAGAAAAGGUCAAAACAGAGGGAAAUGAGUCAUCCAUCCUCCUGACAGGAUUAGAAGGAAACACAUUAUAUCACCUAACAGUGAGGGCAUACAAUGCUGCAGGGUAUGGACCACCUAGUGCUGCUGUGCACGCAGCGACCAAGAAAUCCCCUCCCAGCCAAGCACCAGGCAAUAUAAUGUGGAUACAGGAAGGCUCACAUGUGUCCCUUGGAUGGGAGCCAGUCAGACCUUUAGCUAACGAAUCUGAUGUAAUGGGAUACAAGGUGUUAUUUUGGCAAGAGGGMCAGAGCAACAGCCAAGUUAUAGAAACACAGAAAACCUCUGCUGUGGUGCUUCUCCCUGAUGUUGGUGUCUACAUCAUUGAGGUCUGUGCAGUCAGCGAAGGAGGGGAUGGGACUGCAAGUCCCCAGAUCAGGGUUCCAUCUUUUUCAGGAGGGAAAGUAACAAGUGCUCAGUCCACCUUACAUGUGUUGUCUACUUCCUCAUCUUCUGUAACAUUGCUUUUGGCACUGGUGGUACCUUCAGCCUCGUGGUGAAGGCUGCAGACUUUGUUGUUGUUGUUAUUUGUUUGCUUUAACUUGAUGACACCAAGGGAUGGAGUUUUAUGUCCGUGGAGAAACUGGAAACCCAAGCUAAUGCUUAGAGACCCAUCRAAAUGCCUGUGGUGCCCUUAGAAGAGUGCUCGAGACACGGUUAAUAAUUCAUUAUGUUUUUAUCUCUUCUUUAUUUGUAAAAGUCCUCUGGGGAGGAGACACUUCUUGGCCCAAAAAUAUGCAGGUUGUAUGUAAUAAACUUUUGUAAGCAAAGGUAAUUUUUGUCAAAUGUAUUUUCCUUUUUUAAAAUGUUUGAAUUUGGUGAGCCCAGUCAUGUAUCAACAGGUGUUUAAACAGUACACCUGUAUGGUUGGAAAAAAAAACUUUUUUCAAAUAUAGAGCAAAGUUUGAUAUAGCUUAGUUGAAUACUUUGCUUGCAUCCCCUGUAACUGGUUGUUCCUACUGACAAGGGUGAAAAAAUACAGUUUAUAUGCAAAGACCACUGCAAACAUAAAGAACUUGUUCUAAAAAUAUAUAAUAUCUAUUCAAUUAGCAAGAAUUGUCAGUGAAAUACCAGACUGCUCAUCCAAAAUAAAGCAGAAAACCCAUUUAUUUUAUGAAAACAGGAAAAUAUUAAACACAAACUUAAGAGGAAACAAGUUAUUUUUUUAUCAAAUACCACAAUAUUUCAUGUCCAAUGAAAUUUUAAGUAGUAAAUAAGAAAUCCAUUCCUACUGCAUAUGACAAUGAAAAUUCCACUGGGCAUUUAAACGUCUUAUACUUUAAGCUACUAAAUAUUCAAAGCAAUGCAAGGAGAGAAACCUACUCCUCCCAACCACUUCCCAGUCGUAAUUUUCUUUUUCCUCUGAGUCCAUUCUUUGGUAACAUUCAAUGCUUUAUAUAGUUGGUAAUCAAGUUGAAUUAUUUAUAAAGGCCUGUUAUGGAGAGGAUAUUAACRUUUUUCAGAAUGUAAUCAUUCUCAUAUAUACAGACUGCAGUAGGAUAUAUUUUGGAGAAUUUURUUUCUGAGAAAAAAACUUGGAAAAGGGCUACAGAGCAUAAUUCCAAUUAUUUAACUAAUUGGCUCUAUUUCUAUAGCUCACUGGAGAUUAUUCUUGUAGGUAUUGUGUGCUAUCAGUUUUAAUCCCCAUUUUUUGCUGUACCAGACAAUUUUUUACUCGGUACAUAAUUUGGACAAUUUUUCUACAUUGGAAUAUGUUUCCAUGUACUGACACCUGAGGCAAAAUGAUUCCCAGGGAAGAUGGUGUGUAUGUUUGUACCACCAUGGUGGGCACAUUGUUAUGAAGAGAGGCAUUUUGCUAACAUGUCCAGGGAUCAUGCCUGGGAAGAACAUUUCACUGCCUGACAAAACAA